AUGGCUAUGCUCCGCAAGUUAUUCUUUCGUAAGCCUCCUGACGGUCUCCUCGAGAUCUGCGAGCGAGUUUACGUUUUUGAUUGCUGUUUCACAACGGAAGCUUGGAAUGUAGAGAAGUACAAAGUGUAUGUGGAUGGUAUAGUUGGUGAGCUUAGAGAGAAUGUGCCUGAUGCUUCUAUUAUGGUUUUCAAUUUUCGCGAGGAACGCACUAAGAGUUUAAUGGCAAAGGUGAUGUCUGAGUAUGAUAUUACUAUAAUGGAUUAUCCUAGGCAUUAUGAAGGUUGUCCUGUUCUCAAAAUGGAGCUAGUUCAUCAUUUUUUAAGGUCUAGUGAAAGUUGGCUCUCACUUGGUCAACACAAUGUGUUGUUGAUGCAUUGUGAACGCGGUGGUUGGCCAGUUUUGGCUUUCAUGUUGGCUGCAUUGUUGAUUUUUAGGAAGGUAUAUACCGGGGAGCAUAGGACUUUGGAUAUGGUUUAUCGGCAGUCUCCGCACGAGCUUUUGCAUUUGUUGACGCCGUUGAAUCCAAUUCCUUCCCAAUUGAGGUAUCUGCAGUAUGUUUCUCGGAGGAAUGUGGCCUUAGAUUGGCCUCCGCUUGACAGGGCACUCAUGUUGGACUGUAUUAUACUCAGAUUCUUCCCCAACUUUGAUGGGAAAGGCGGUUGUCAUCCCUUGUUUAGAAUUUAUGGACAGGAUCCUUUUAGUUCGGAUAAAAGGUCUAAAAUGUUGUAUUCAAUGCCAAAGAGAAACAAAAAUAUCCGGGCUUACAAGCAGGGAGAGUGUGAACUAAUUAAAGUUGAUAUCAAUUGCCAUAUUCAAGGUGAUGUCGUGAUUGAGGGUAUUAAUUUGAAAGAUGAUACGGAGCAUGAAAUGAUGAUGUUCCGAGUCAUGUUCAACACGGCUUUUGUUAGAUCCAAUAUUCUGAUGCUUAAUCGCGAUGAAAUUGAUGUUCUAUGGGAUGCCAAAGAUCACUUUCCAAAGGAUUUCAGAGCUGAGAUCCUUUUCUCAGAGAUGGAUGCUGCUGCAGCAGUUAUUGCAGAUGGUAAAUCAUGCUUUGAGGAGAAAGAGGGGCUGCCGAUUGAAGCCUUUGCCAAGGUUCAAGAGAUCUUUAGCCAUGUGGACUGGAUGAACCCAAAGGCAGACGCUGCACUAAAUGUGCUCCAACAUAUAAGUACUUCCGCUAUCAUGAAUGACAAGUUGGAUAAAGUUUCUGAUCAGCACGUGGAAACUGCCACGUUAUUGCGUGAAACAGAUCCAAAAACGCCUCAGAGGAAUUCAUACGAAGCAAUACAAUCUUUAUCCUCAACUAAGCGAUCCCCAAGUAAUGAUAUGAGUGGAAAAGAGGAUAAGACAAACAAAGUAGAUGCUAUUCCACAGAGGGAUGAUGCAUCAGACAUCAUCUGUCAGGAGACAAUCUGCUCACCUGAAAGAAGUUUGAAAUCCAGUAAAUGUCCAACAGGGUCAACAAAUCUUGGCAUAAAACUGCAGGCACCCAAUCUUUCUUCACCUGAUUCUGUGGAUUCUUCUCUUUCCCCUGAAACACCUCCUCUGCGGCCUCCCUCAACUGCUCGUGCUAAAGAAAUUCAUGAUUCUCCUCCUCACACAGAAUCACCCCCUCAUCAUAUUUUGCCUUUGCAAUCAGGACAUCAAUCACAAGGCAGAAGUUAUUCACCUACUUCUACCUCUACACCUGGGAACCAACUUUUAUCUGCGCCCCACAAUAAGUCGCCACCAGCUGCCGUUGUUUCACCUCCUUCACUUUCAGCAGCUUCUUCAACUCAGCCGCCCCCUCUUCUUUCUUCCAAAACACCUUCAAAUGACAUUCCUCCUGUCAAAACAAGACCUGAGUCUUCCCCUUCACAACCUCUAACUCCACCUACCCCCCCACUUAAAGAUCACAAAGUAGUUAGAGCUGGACCUCCACCCCCACCCCCAUCACAGCCUCCUCCAAAGAAGGAACUACAUGUUGAAACUGGACCUCCUCUUGUUCCAUCUCCUAUAAAUGAGAAGCCACGAGAUGGAAUUUCUCCUCCUCCUACUCCUCCUUUACCUCCUCUAAAAGUGGAGCAACCAGUUAGGUUUAAUCCCCCACCACCUCCACCACCACCCAGUCUUUCAAGGGAAGUUGCAAGUCCUACACCACCCAGUAUUUCAAGAGAUGCUGCAAGUCCUACUACAGCACCGCCAGCACCGCCUCCGCCUCGUCAUUCAAGGGAAGCUGCGAGUCCUACUAUAGGACCACCGGCACCACCUCCCCCUCCAUCUGCAACACUUUCCUCCAGUAACCCUAAUCCUUCAUUGCAAAAGUGUCCUCCAGUUCCACCACCUCCAAUUCCUUUUGUUAAAGAAGGUCUAAAAGCAGGCGGUGGUUUUCCAAUGUCUCUUUCUGUGGGAGGUGAUGCAAAUAAUGUCUCAGGCACAUCAGGACAUCAAUCUAGUUCACUAACAGGUUCAAAGGGACGAGUUCUAUCACAUACAAUUGGCUCAAAGAAUAACUCCAAAAAGUUGAAACCAUUGCAUUGGAUGAAACUAUCUAGAGCAGUGCAAGGAAGUUUGUGGGAUGAGACGCAAAAAUCUGGCGAAGCUUCCAAAGCUCCAGAGAUUGAUAUGUCAGAGCUCGAGAGUCUUUUCUCGGCAGCAGCCCCGAGUUCAGGCCUUGCCAAGAAGUCAAAUGCCCAAAGCUCGGUUAGGCCUAAAUCUGAGAAAGUGCAACUGAUUGACCAUAGGCGGGCAUGUAAUUGUGAAAUCAUGCUUUCAAAAGUGAAGGUGCCGUUGCAUGAUUUAAUGAGUUCAGUGUUAGCACUGGAAGAGUCACUUGACGUUGAUCAGGUUGAGAACCUCAUAAAGUUUUGUCCUACAAAAGAGGAGAUGGAAAUAAUCAAGAGUUAUAACGGGGAAAAGGAGAAGUUAGGGAAAUGUGAACAGUUCUUCAUGGAGUUAAUGAAAGUACCACGGGUAGAAUCUAAGCUCAGAGUAUUUUCAUUCAAGAUUCAGUUCCAUUCUCAGGUUUCCGAUCUUAAAAAUAGCUUGAAUGCCGUGAAUGCUUCUUCAGAAGAGAUCAGGAGUUCUGUCAAAUUAAAGAGAAUUAUGCAAACAAUACUUACCCUAGGAAAUGCUUUGAAUCAAGGAACUGCCAGGGGUUCUGCUAUUGGAUUCAGAUUAGAUAGCCUUCUUAAACUGACUGAGACACGUGCACGGAACAACAAAAUGACUCUCAUGCAUUAUCUUUGUAAGGUGUUAGAUGACAAAUUACCAGAAGUUUCAGACUUCUCUAAGGAUCUUGCUAAUCUAGAGCCAGCGGCAAAGGUCCAAUUGAAGUUCCUGGCAGAGGAGAUGCAAGCUAUAAACAAAGGAUUAGAGAAAAUUGUACAGGAACUAUCCACUUCUGAAAAUGAUGGUCCUAUAUCAGAAAAGUUCCGCAAGAAAUUGAAAGACUUCCUCUGUUCUGCUGAAGCUGAAGUCCGCGCAUUGGCUUCAAUGUAUUCUGGGGUGGGCAGGAACGUGGACGCAUUAAUUCUUUAUUUUGGCGAAGAUCCAUCUCGCUGUCCAUUUGAACAAGUUGUCACAACUUUGCUCAACUUCACUCAAAUGUUCAACAAAGCCCACGAAGAAAACUGCAAACAGCUAGAGCUUGAAAUGAAGAAAACAGCAGAAAGUGAGAAAAAGAAAUGUGAAUCAGAGAGGAUAUUACCUAAAGCAAUCCGGACUGGCAAUGUCAAAUGA